AUGCCAACCAUCCCAUCAUUCCUACGUCCAAGUUCAAAGCCCAAACAUCCCUCCCCUUCUACACCGAUUACGACAUACUACCUCUCUUCUCCCUCCUCCUCUCCAUUCGCACCACUUCGUCCAAUCCCUCCUCCACAAGGUACACCACACAUCAUCCCACCUCACAACUUGAUAUUCUCCCUUACCCACCCACCUACCGAUACUUCCAAGCCUACCGCGUUCUUUCUACAAUGUAUACCUGAUCCAAUAGGUUUCCUAUAUCAUUCAUCAACUUUUAUACAUCGUCAUCUGAAUCUCGAUGAUGGGCGUGGACCUGGAGGCGGGAUAGAAUGGAGACAUCAGUUGAUACAAUUGGUAUUAGAAGAUAAAGAUGGUUUGGCCGCUACUUCAGGAGGUAAGAUUGGAGUCAGUCUGAGAUGGAUAGAGGGGAUUAUGAACCAGGUUGAGAGAGGGGAGAAGGGGAUGGAUGGAGCUAUCAAGGAGUUUAAAGGUGUCUUACUACACGAGCUCGUCCAUACCAUUCAACAUGAUGGCCACUCCACCUGUCCAGGAUGGUUAAUAGAAUCCAUAGCAGAUCAUAUCAGACUCCCAGCUCAUCUCGGUCCAUUACACUGGAGGAAAAGUGGGUCGGGCAAAAAGGAUAAAGGUUGGGAAGAAGGUUAUGAUAUAGGUGCGAAAUUCUUAGAAUGGUUGACCUGCGAUCAAUCUCAAGAACAAGAUGAGAAAUCAUUACUUGGGAGUCGGAUACCUGUUCAUCAUGCUUUACCAACCCCUACACCCACGACUACGACCAUGACCGGGCAGGCAAUACCUACUCAGUACCCUAAUGUGUCCCAUCCAAGCGACAUACCGCAAGAGACCAACAAGGAUAAAGAGAAGAUGAAACAUAGACCAGGGCCAUAUCCCGAUUUGAUCAAAUUGAUCGAUAUGAGAUUGAAAUAUGAGAAAUGGGAUGAUAUAUGGUGGAAGGAAUUGACGGGGAUGAGUUUGGAGGAUCUGUGGGCGACUUAUCUUGAUUAUUAUGAAAGAUAA